AAGCUUUCAAGACUUCGAACUGACAAGCAGUGGCGCUCCUUCCCUCGUCAACGGCUUUGUCUUCUUCCUUUCUCUCCUUCCCUUCCCCUUCUUCCCCAACCUCCCCUCCCCGUUCUGAAUUCCCAUCUCCUUCUUGCGUUUGCCUGUAUAUAUCACACACCAAACACCCUUCGGAGGCCGUGAGGUCGGAAGAAAGGGGAGCCACCUUUGACUCCUCUCUCUGCUAGUUCUUGAGGGGAUUUCGGGUGGUACCAGAGGAUUAAUUAGUGGAUUUGUAUUCUUGGAGAUACAAGUUCUUGGAGAGGCUGCUAGUUCUUGGAGAGUUUUUCCUUUUCUUGUCCUUAGAGAGAUUCAUGCCCAGGAGUUCACCCUGAGGAGCUGGUAUUGUUCUGUCUUCUGUCUGAGGGUUAGCGUGAGAGGAUCCACCUUUGAGUUGACCGACCAGAAUUCUUGAAACAAAUUUUGUUGGUUUUUGCGUGGAUCGGUCGUUAGGUUCGUUGAUGUUUGCUCAGUUCUACUAGUUGCAAGGACGGCUGGGGCACCUUGUGUGGAGAGAAUUUUGGUGCUUCUCUCAAGAACCGUUGGGGCAAAUUAGCCCCCUCGUUUCUUGAUUUCUUGGGGGGGGGGGGGGGGGGGGGGGUCGAUUUGCUUGUUUCCUCCAGGGUGCUGCCUUCAGUCAUUCUUAUUUUUUUUGAUAGAUUGGAUAGUUUAUCCUCUGUAAAAGAAAACCACAAGCUUUGACUUUCAAUAAUUCUUGGGAGUUGGGACUGGGAAGGUUUGGAUUGGAAGGGGAUAUCUAUUGGUCCUCCUUUGUGGUGAACUCGAUCUAGAUUUCUUCUGUUGCCUCAAUUUCUUUUGGCACUCCCUGUGCUUUCUUGUGGAGGAGUGUGGCCUGUUUUCUCAAGAAUUUGAGAGAAAGGAGGGAACCCAGCAUUUUCUAAGAGGCCAAUGGCGUCCUCAGCAUAGUUUUUUAAGGGGAAAUCCUCAGCGUAGCUGCAACGUUCGGAAAGAUUUAUUUGUAUUUGUCAAAAUGCAACCACGCAUUCCUGCAUUUGGGGACUGGGAGAACAGCGAGGACGUCCCUUACACACAGAAGUUCGAGGGCGCACGGAAGAACAAGAAAACAGGUGUUUACUCCAAUCCAAAUGAGCCAGGACAUCAGCAGCCUGACCCCCCUCGCAAGUCACCGCUGAACCCAUCAGCAUAUACACCUGAGCCACGAGAACAGGCUCCCAGGACUCCACUCCAUGGAAGAAGGCCUGGAGCCGAUCCCCAUCACCGCGAACCCGUGCCACGACGGCACACAAAUCCUCCGCGGGAGCAAGGGGGCAACGGUGGCAGCACUCCCAGAAGCCCUUACAGAAAUGCUGCAGGGUCUGCUUCACCGAUGCAGUCAAACAGUUCAGCAAAGCCGAGGAACAGGGCAGCUGGAAUGCACACUCCAGAGAGGAGGCCUUCGUCCGAAGCGCAGGGCCAGCACACUCCUGGAAGGGGCAGAACGAGGCAGAGCAACCAAAGCUACAAUCCUGACGAUGAAGUGGCUGUCCCACCAUUUGGUGAGUGGGAUGAGGCGAACGCGGCAUCAGGCGAAAAGUAUACGGGUAUCUUCAACAGGGUGAGGGAUGAUAAACUAUCGCCCGACUCUUCUGCCAGGCAGCAGUCAUCUGGCAAUCGCAAAGACGAAAAUAAGGUGCAACAGACAUGUCCUUGCUGCAUACUUUGACAAGAUGGGGAUACAAUCACAGAGAGUUCUGAUAAACUUCCUGGGUUACUUGUGGAACAAAUUGUCGUUCUUGUGAAGAAUUUGUCACCAAACUAUAUAUUCAUGUAUACUUUUCAAUGCUUAUUAGUCAUUACUAUUGGUGUGGGUGUGUACCUAUGAUUGCAUUGCUCUACAAUUUAUGUUCUAUGCUUAUUUGGAACAUAUAUAUGAUGCCAUUGAGAUGUGUGGAUUGUGAAGUA